AUGUCCUCUAGUCGUGUGGUGGCAAUGCUCUCUCGAAACGAUCCGGUGCAAGAAUGCUGUACGGUCCACCUGCAGACACAGCAGGAGGUGAAGAUGCGGAUGAUGGGGAUGGCGAUGCGUGUGAUCCGCACCGAUGGCUUCCUGGCUCUCUACAAUGGGCUCAGCGCCUCGCUGUGCCGGCAGAUGACAUAUUCCUUGACUCGCUUUGCCAUCUACGAGACUGCAAGGGACCGUUUGGGCCAGGGCAGUCAGGGGCCUCCCCCCUUCUACCAGAAAGUACUGCUGGGCGCAGUGGGAGAGGGCUUGAAGAAACUCUUCUCGGGAGCUACGAUGGCAUCCAGCCGAGGAGCCCUAGUCACCGUUGGGCAGCUCUCCUGUUAUGACCAGGCCAAGCAGCUGGUUCUCACAACUGGGUUGCUGUCAGACAACAUCUUCACUCAUUUCCUGGCCAGCUUCAUCGCUGGUGGAUGCGCCACAUUCCUGUGCCAGCCCCUGGACGUGCUUAAGACCCGUCUCAUGAACUCCCAGGGCGAGUACCGGGGUGUUACUCACUGUGCCAUGGAAACUGCCAAGCUCGGCCCCCUCGCCUUCUACAAGGGCUUCGUUCCUGCUGCCAUCCGGCUCAUUCCUCACACCGUCCUCACCUUUGUCUUCCUGGAACAGCUGCGCAAAUAUUUUGGGAUCAAAGUGGUCACCUGA